AUGCCUCCGCCGCCGACAACCUUACUUCUCCCACCACCUCAGCAUCCGGCACGAAUUCCCCGUGAGGAUGCUCCCAUCUCUGACUUUGGCGAUGGGCCAAUAACAGGCAACAAUUGUACGGACGAGGAACUUCGAAUCGCCUACGAUGAUGAAGAAGUUGAGCGAUUUCUUAGACUAUUCUCCAAGCAUGUUACGGAAGUUUAUUUGCCUGCCCCCUCCACGCCCCCUUCGAAACCCUCGACGCCUGGGCCUCCAAAACGAAAAAUAACCUUGUUGGGUGGUGACCUUUCGGAUAUGCUUUCGGACCCGGAAAUGAUGGAUGAAGGAUUUCAGGCAGACCAUUCUGCGGAAGAUGAAUGGGUGGACAUGACCAGUAGUGUGCCGGCGAGGGAGUCGUCCGAGAAAGGUGAACAGCCUAAAUUCAAUCCGGCAGCCAUUCUUGCAUCUAGCAUUGGUCCCUAUUUACCACCAGUCCCCGUCAGAACAUCCUCACCUUUUACCCUCGCAUCCCUUCGACUUGCAUUCCAACGGUUAUACAUUGCCUGCUAUCCGACCUAUGUCCCCCUCGCCAAGAAACUCUGGAGACUCUCGACAUGGCAAGAACCCUUGGUGUCCUUGGCGUAUUGCAUGCUCUACUUUCUUCUGUGGUGGAACAACGCCAUACUCCCUUGCCUCAUUCUUUCCAUCCUGUUCACCCUGUUCUGGCGGAGACUAAUGCCUUAUCCAACGGUAAAAGAGCUUAAUAGAAUGCGCAAACGCGCGGAAGAAGCGGAAGAACUAGGAAACGCCGUUUUUGAUACGUCCACCAUCACCGUACUUCUCUCAGCCGCAGCGAAUGAAAAUUUUAGGUUCUCCGAUGGAUGGAAGAUGUUCCGGAAUGCAUCGAAGCAGCGUAAAGAGAGAAUUCAACAAAAAGCUGCUGAGAUGGUGAAUUCGUCACUGCAAGGGGAUGAAGUGGACGAUGUUGAGGAAGUGGAGCGAUUGCGUAAGGAGGCACUCAAGCAGGCAAAAAUUGACGAGAAAGUCCGGGAAACGGAAGAGGAUUGGAAGAGGAUAUGUGUGGUGCUCAUGGAGUCGAUUGCUGAUCUACAUGAGAGAAUCAAGAACAUUUUUAUUUGGCGAAAACCAGAGGCGUCUUGGAAGUACGGGAUGAUCCUGACUGGUGCUCUCUUCGCUGUAUCCGUGCUGCCUACCCGCAUACUUUCCAAGCUCUUCUACCUUGUCGUCGGAAUCGUAUUCUGGCUCAACUAUACUUUCCUUCACAGAAUACCUGCGCUCUUGAGUGAUAGUUUAACAGAUGCCGAGGUUGCAACGGCCAUUAUAGCAGAACGCACAGCGCGCGGUGAACGCGUCUUGCCCACUCAGAAGUACAAGAUAAAGGAAGGAGAUGGAGUUUCCGCUCGCCCCACCCAGGUUCCCUCUGUUGGUGCGUCCAUGUCGACAACAACGGACGGAUCAGUUUUUGUCGCCGUUAACCCUAGCUCGGCAAGGCCAAAAGACUCUGCCGUUUCUCCGAGCUUCGACAAGUUCAAGAGCAUUGUGUCUGGUGGCAUCGAGCUAGCCGAUCAUGGGGUCAAAGUAAUAAAAGGAGAACGAAGAUUGGGCGAAACGCCGAACGUCUUGAGCUCCCUACGGCACCGUUCGGGGAGCGAGACCUCCUCUCAACUUGGACCAACUUAUCUCGCAGAAUGUCAUGGAAAAGUUGGUGCCAUCACACUCACUUCGACCAAGCUUGAGUUUGCCUCUGUGGGUUCAUCCAAACCCAAGGCGAUCGAACUCUCAGCAAUCCGUGGCAUUCAAAAGUCGGGUCCGUUUGGAGGUUUGACCAUCAAAUAUGAAGUAGAUCCCAGCGCAUCUUCGUCCACUGUCAGUUUGCUCUCCACUUUGGGCGAAAAGGGACUGGCUGAGGCAAAGUUUGGCUGGGUUAAUGGACGGGAUGAAUUAUUCGCGAAGUUGGUUGGCUGGAGAUCCCGGAUAUGA